GGGCUGCUCAGCCGUCCACCUGAUGGGCGACCAUGUCAGAUGUGGGACGGGUUCAGGAGCAUCCCAGCCAUCACACAUUACUGGUUUGCUGCCACAGUCGUGGUCCCCUUGAUCGGUAAGCUCGCUAUUAUCAGCCCGGCCUACUUCUUCCUCUGGCCCGAAGCCUUCCUCUAUCGCUUCCAGAUACGGAAGCCGUUCACUGCCACCUUUUAUUUCCCCGUGGGGCCCGGAACUGGAUUUCUUUAUUUGGUCAAUUUAUAUUUCUUAUAUCAGUAUUCUACACGGCUUGAGGCAGGAGCUUUUGACGGGAGGCCAGCAGACUAUUCAUGCUUCUCUUUAACUGGAUCUGCUUUGUUAUUAUUGGCUUAGCCAUGGAUAUGCAGUUGCUGAUGAUUCCUCAAAUCAUGUCAGUACUUUACGUCUGGGCCCAGCUGAAGAGAGACCUGAUUGUAUCAUUUUGGUUUGGAACACGAUUUUAGGCCUGUUACUUACCUUAGGUUAUCCUCGGAUUCAACUAUAUCAUUGGAGGCUCGGCCAUCAAUGAGCUCACUGGAAACCCUUUCAGACAUCUUUAUUUCUUCCUGAUGUUCAGAUACCCAGUGGAUUUGGGAGGAAGGAAUUUCCUGUCCACACCUCAGUUUUUGUACCGCUGGCUACCCAGCAGGAGAGGAGGGGUGUCGGGGUUUGGUGUGCCCCCAGCAAGCAUGAGGCAAGCUGCUGAUCAGAAUGGCGGAGGCAGGAGACACAACUGGGGCCAGGGCCUCCGACUUGGAGAGCAGUGA